GUGUUUGUGUUUGUGUUUGUGUUUGUGUUUCUCUCUCUAUAUAAUUUGACAGAAAUGGUAAGUUGAGGUAUCUUUAUCCUACCAAAUAAACGACGAGAGUGUAAAUUUUCCGCAUCUUUAUCCUGCCAAAUUUCUUGUCUCCUCUGUUGAACAAGUCUCCGCUACUUCUUCCCUACCCAGCUGCUCUCCAUUCUGUUUAGGGUUUGUAAUCAACUGACUUCAAUCAUCGCCGAACAAGCUCAAUUCCCAGGUUUAAAAUACAUCCGAUCCGAUCAGUCUUCCCUCCUGUUAUCCCCCAUUAUAUGUACUUGCAUUGCACAUGUGUUACUUAUGCGGGAAGUGAUCAGGAGGGAUAGGGUUACAAUUCUUAGCAUUAUUAUCAACUUGUGUUUUGGGUGGUGAAGUGGAGGUCGAAGGAGUUGGUGAAAGUUCUAUUGCCAAUAAGUUAUUUUAUUCUGAGUAGACCCACUUAACUUCAGUUCAAAACAUCAGAAUGGGUAUAUGCUUCUCUUCGGCUCAGAAUGACGGAGAUGAGUCUGAUCAUCAUGCUGAAUUUGCUGGAGGUAACGUGACUCUUGUCACUACCAAGGAUGCUUGGGAUCAAAAGCUGUCAGAAGCAAAGAGGGAACACAAAGUAGUGAUUGCCAACUUCAGUGCAUCUUGGUGUGGCCCUUGUAGAAUGAUUACACCGUACUACAUUGAACUAUCGGAGAAACACCCUUCACUUAUGUUUCUAACCGUGGAUGUUGAUGAAUUAACAGAGUUUAGCACCCAAUGGGAUAUAAAAGCUACUCCAACAUUCUUCUUCCUUAGAGAUGGAGACCAAUUCGAUAGGCUUGUGGGGGCCAACAAACCUGAGCUUCUGAAAAAGAUAAACGGCAUUGUGGAUUCAGAAUCUCGUCGCCAUAUGUAACUACUCGAUGGUUCGUUGUUGUCGUGAUGAUGCAUUGGUACAUAAUUUCCUUUUUUCCCUGCUGAGUAUUCUAUGCAAUGUAAUAAUCGAAUGCUUAUGAUUCUGUGUCUAUUUCUGCAAAUAGAUGAUGGUUUAUAUGGUAUCGUGUGGUCCCUGCACAUUUAGCCUAGCGGGUAAA